AUUUACAAGCGAUUGCCACUUUCUCGGUGGUGAGAAGCCGAGCAAGACCCAGGAAGUGGAGAAAGACCCCGGCAGUGGAGCCACCAGCCUCCGGAAGGUCUUGCUCCGAUCCCUCUCUGCUCUACGGAAGCGAUUGAUGAUGGCGUGGAAUCUUUGCGACGUGCGCUUCAUUCUUGUUGCCGCUGCGUUGGCCUUCAUUCUUCUCCAGGUGCACCUUUUCACAACCCAAACAGAGUACGCAGAGCGCCUGGCAACUGCUAUUGGGGCAGAAAACCAAUGUUCGAGCCAUACCCGAUUACUGAUUGACCAGAUAAGCAUGCAACAAGAGAAAAUUGUUAAAUUAGAAGAUUUGAAUAGACGUUAUGAAGAGGAGUCUGCCCAACUGAAGACUCUUGUCCGAGAUCUUGAAAAAAAGAGCCUUCAAACAAUCUUCGAAAAAGCUGAGGCGCCUGUGGCUGCUGUUGUGAUAAUGGCUUGCAAUCGACCAGAUUAUCUGAAGAGGACGAUUUUAUCUGUGCUGAAGUAUCAGAGUACAGUUGCAUCAAAAUUUCCCCUUUUUGUUUCUCAGGAUGGAACGAGCCCAGAUGUUAAAAAGGCAGCUUUAAGUUAUAGUCAGAUAACAUACAUGCAGCAUUUGGAUUUUGAACCAGUGCAUACCGAGAGACCUGGAGAGUUCAUUGCAUACUAUAAAAUUGCAAGACACUACAAGUGGGCUUUGGAUGAAUUAUUUUUGAAUCAUAAUUUUGAUCGAGUAAUCAUUUUAGAAGAUGACAUGGAGAUUGCACCUGAUUUUUUUGAUUAUUUUGAGGCUGCGGCGACAUUAUUAGACAGAGAUAAGUCUAUCAUGGCUGUUUCUUCUUGGAAUGAUAAUGGUCAAGUGCAAUUUGUCCAUGAUCCUAAGACUCUUUAUCGUUCAGAUUUUUUUCCUGGACUUGGAUGGAUGUUGUCAAAACCCACAUGGGAGGAGCUAACACCAAAAUGGCCUAAAGCUUAUUGGGAUGAUUGGUUGAGAUUGAAGGAUGUACAUAAAGAUCGUCAAUUUGUUCAUCCUGAAAUUUGCAGAACAUACAAUUUUGGGGAGCAUGGUUCUAGCAUGGGGCAAUUCUUUAAGCAAUAUCUGGAGCCCAUUAAACUAAAUGAUGUUCAUGUUGACUGGAAAUCAGUGGAUCUGAGUUACCUGAUGGAGGGUGAAUAUCAUAAGCACUUUGCAAAACUUGUGUCGGAUGCCCAAUCAGUCCCUGAACCUGAUGUUGUUCUGAAGACAAAAAAACUAGACUAUGAUGUGCGGAUUCACUAUAAGGAUCAGACAGACUUUGAAAGAAUUGCACGACAAUUUGGAAUAUUUGAAGAAUGGAAGGAUGGCAUACCAAGAACAGCAUAUAAAGGGGUUGUCGUUAUCCGAUACAGGUCGACCAAAAGAAUUUUUUUGGUAGGACCAAAUUCUCUUGCGCAACUUGGCAUAGAUCAUGACUGAAAUGUAAAACAACAAGUUGCAGUUCCUGGUGAUGUUUCCGUUUUUACUGAUCUCCUUCCAUGGUUUCUUUUCCAAUCCAUUUUUUGUACUGAACCUUAAAUUUUAAAGAAGAGAUUAACCAACAAGUAUGCUGCAGUAGCUACACUCUUUCUGAUAGAAAUAUCGCUCAAAGCAUCUCAUGACGUCAAAUUUUAAGGCAGGCAGACUGGAGGAGGACCUGCAAGCUUCUGCGAAAAAAAUGUCCAAAAGAAACAUUCAACAAAGCAAAUAGAUGUUCGAAUUGUAGUUUAGGGUUUAGGGUGUCUUAUUUAUGGGAGCAGUAGAUUCCUUAAUUUCUUGGCUUUUGAGUUCUAUCUAUUUCUACUUCUAACAGUAAUUCAUGCUGACUUUUUAUUUUAGAAAUUUUGAGUCAAUUAAGACAAAUUCAUACACACAUCAGAUACGUAGUCUUCUAAUUCAAGAUCACUUAGUUGGUAGUCAAAGCUCAUAACCAAUAAAUCAAGAUGAGCUACGGACCUUUUCAGA